AUGAGUCUCACAAAUUUCGUAUCGACCGCGUUGACCACGGCAUUCGGCCUCAGUGCCGCAGCGAAUUUAUCAACAUCUGUCAAGGCCAGCCUGUGGUAUCUAAACAUUCAACGAAACCACCGAGAGACAAGCUCAGUAUCUGUGGUUCCUCCAUCAUUAUCUACAAGGCACCCUCGUACAUUCACAGCGGUGGUGAUUACACACUGUGUGAUUGCUACCGGAUCCUCACUUACAUUUGCGGUUCUGAUGCAAAAACAUGGAGAUCCCUGGUCGACGUACCUGAGCUCUUCUAUAAUUGUCUCUAGCAUGAUCAGCGAAUGCUUGCGUGUUGGUGGUUCUUGGAGCCGAGGACAAAUUGCAUUCGCUCCGUGGCCCCUCGCAUUCCUUCUGGCAACCACUGGGGUGCUAUUUAUCGUCAGCACCGUCAUGGCUUCCCAGAGCGCAGUGUUCAAUGAACUCUCGUCGGCAUCCGCUGUUAUUUUCCGGUGCUGGAUGGUGCUAGAAUGGAUGCUCAUUGCAUCGAGCAUCUCAGGCCAGUUUACGAAAAUCAAGAUCAUCAUAUUGAUUGAGACCUUGGCGAUGAUAGCCAGCGCUAUGGCUUUCAGAACAGAGUCAGCGACAAGCAGGCGCAUUAUUCUUUCGAAUGUUUUUGGAGCCCACGACUUUCUCGUGUGCCUUAUACCGGUUGUUGAAAAGUUAUGGACGAAGAGUUUCAGACGGGAGCCCAACCCUAACCUGCUACCACGGCUCUGGCAAAUGACAAGGCCUAGAGCAUCUUCACCAGGGGCAUCGAGCCAGAUUCAACUUCGGAACAUGUCCGUCACAAGCGAGUCAGAGGCGUAA